AUGAAGAUCACAAUCAAGCCAACGCGACAGGAGCCAUUCCAGGUCGAGGUUGAACCCAGCCAGACCAUAGCUGAGUUGAAAGCCCAAAUCAAUAACUCCAAGGACAUUGCUACCGAGAGCCAGAGGUUCGUGUUUUCUGGCAGAGCCGUCUCCGACAGCGAGACGUUCGAAACCCUGGACAUAAAGGACGGAGGACACCUUGUGUUGAUGAUCUCCAACCCCAAGCCACAGCCUGAGACCCAGACGUCACUUGAUUCAUCUCCAACGGCAUCUCAUGCAUCUGCGUCUGGUGGAUGGUCCGGGGACGCUAUUUCCUUCCUUCAAAGGGACAAUGUCCUUGGCCGAGGGCUGCCUGAGAUGUCAACGGGCAACGCAAGAGAUGAAGGAAUUCGGCCAAUGCAAAGCAUUUCUAACCAUACCGCAAAUUUUCUAGCAAACCGGCAUCAGGCACCAAUGAUCGGUCAGCCUUCAACAAGUCGUCUUACAGCGCCAACAUUCUCCCAACGUCAAGACACACUUUCAGUUUCGCGGCCGCUAUUCGGACAAACUCUAAAUCCAGUCAGAAGCCCUCCAAUUUUUCAUGGAGUACCCAGAGCGAGUUUCGGGGCUCAGAGAAAUGAAGAGGAUUGCAGGUCUGCCUUGCGACAGAGAUUGCGUGAAGAUCCACAGUUCCGUCAAGAUAUGAUCCAGCGUCUAGCAGAGGGGAACCCUGAAUGUGGGCGACUCCUGAGCGAGAAUCCUGAAGCACUCGACGCAGCUCUCCAGAACGUUAUCGUAAUGAGUGCUGACGACAUGGAAUCCGUUCGUUCUCUGGAAGAACUUGGGAUCACCCAUCUGCAAGCCGUGGAGGCCUACCUCGCUUGCAGCAAAGACAUAGAUCUCGCUGCGAAUUACCUGCUUAACCACCAAAUGUCCGAUGCGCCGCCAGUUCCAGACGCACCGUCGUUCUCUGCAAUGGUUCCUCGCCCAAGCAAGCCCACCACUAGCACACACAUCCCUCAAGUCUCGCGUGUCACCCCUGCUCCACUCACCACACUCAAUGAUGACUACCCUAUAGUCGAUGACUCUCGCCAACAACCACCUCCUUCCAACGCCUUGAAGAUGACGAGCCAGGCCGCAACCUCCCUGGGGAUUGCCUUGCAAAACUCCCUGAGCUCAGUCCAUGACAUGGAUGUAUCAAAGACAGUGCCGUCGACACCAACUUCUGAAAAAGGAAAAGCGAAGGAGAACUUGACCUCUGUCAACCCUACAUCCACUGGAUUAGCUCCGACCGCCAAUAUGUCCCCUCUCACAAUGGAUCUAAUCCCAUCUAUGGCCGGUCACUUCGCCAGCACAAUACCAAAGGCGGUAGCAACUGCUACUGACAUCCGCCGCCUUGAAGGCAAUCAUUCCAUGCUCGCCAAGCGCGUUGAAACUCUGGACAAGCAGUUCGGCGAGCAGAUUACUGACGUGAGCGAUCGUGUUCGUAGUCUCACCCAGGAUGUAGCUACACUCUCAUCCUCCAUUGUGGGCAACAAGAAGAUGGAAGAGUUGAUUUCCUCCUUCGUCUCUGCGAACAACGACUCUGUUGCCCUCGUCAAGCGGCUUCAGGAGAUUGUUGAUCGCGACGACGCGGCCCUCACGCAAUUGUCAUCUCGAGUCGAGGGAAUGCAACACGCCAUCGACGCACUCCAUUCCACCAUUGAUCGUUUGUCCAGGGAGGAGUCACAGUGCCCUCGUCGUCGCCCCUCCUUCAGCGAAGAAGCACCUCCUUCCAAACGUUGCAAAAUCUCCCCUGAUGUUUCUCCUCAGCCACCAUAUGCCAAUGCCUCUGUUCAUUGCUCGGCCAUGUUCUCGACUAACGACAGCGGCGCGCCAGCUCCAAACCCAUCCGAGUUACUAAAGUCGCUUCAAACACCGGUGGAGGGGUUGGAGUACUCCUUAAUCCCUAGCACAGACCUCGAGGUUGGACCGGUUGAGUGGGGUCAGGAUAUAAACCAAGAGUUCCGCAAUCUCAUCAUGACUCUCCAAAAUCACUCGGAUAUCGAACCCCAGUCCUAUACCGCUGUCAGUCGCACCCGCGAACAUUAUAUUCGCGUGCGCUGCGAGUCACCGGACGAUGCAUACAAGUUCCUUACCCGAUGGCAAGAGGGCCCUCGUUCGCCACAGAUGGACCACGUUUCUGUCAACUACAUCGUCGCUGUGCCUAGCCAAGGUUUAAGUGGUUGCGAGCAGGACUAA